AUGCCCGCCUUUGCAGCCACUGCUGCACGCUACAUCGCCGCCCACGCUAAGCAGUACGAGCCCGCCGACCCAUACUAUGAGAUCAUCACCGACGAGGCUGGGCACCAGAAGCGGCGCAAGCGCGAUAUUCCGGCCGGACUGAGCAAGCGCGAUGCAAAGGCACUCCGGAAGAUUCGGCGGCGCGCACAUUACCUCGACAAAGGCAUUAAUCUCUGCGGGUUCCGGGUCGGAUGGACGUUCUUCAUCGGUAUAAUCCCGAUGGUGGGUGACGUUACCGACGCGGCCCUCAACUACGUGCUGGUCGUCAAGCCCGCGCGCAAGCUCGACCUCCCCACGACUAUCACCAGCCAGAUGAUGUUCAACAAUGCCAUCUCGGCUGGCGUCGGUCUCGUCCCCCUAGUUGGCGACAUCGGCCUCGCCGUGUGGAAGGCCAACUGGCGCAACGCGAAUCUUCUCGAGGAGUUCCUGGCUCAGCGCGGAGCCGAGAACCUCGCUGUCGCGGCGCAGGGUCAGGCCGUCGUCGACGCAGACGUCGUUUAUCAGGCGUUAGCUCUCGACGCCGACGGUAUUCUUGGUAACGUUGACGUCGUGCCUGCCCACCCGGCGGCCGGGAAGCCGGGGAAGAAGAAGCGCGGAUGGAACCCAUUCGCGUCGCAUGAAGACGCUGAGGCCGAUGCCGAUGUCGCCGACACGAACAAAGCGCAGCAGGAGCAGGUCGCCACUGCUGUCAAGCCCGCCUCUACUGCGGCUGCUCCCCGCCGCUAG